AUGUCCAUAUGUUUCCCUUUUAGCACAACGUUCGAAAUAUCAGAAAAUGCUGAUGAUGCUAAUGACGAUAUUGAAACUAAUCUGUUACAACAAUCUGGUUCGUUGUUAAGAUCAGCAACAUUUUUGCUGAAAUUGUACAGAGCGGAAGAUUUACCACGAAUGGAUAGUGCAUUUUUGCAUGGUGUUAAGAAAAUAUUUAAUGGUCAAGAAGAUGUUAAAGAAUUAGUUGAUCCAUAUGUUACAUUCACAUUUGCAGGGCAACACAUAGAAUCGAAAAUUAUCUAUGCUUGUUCACAUCCAGAAUUUAAUCAAGAAUUACGUUUAGGACUUAAAUUGCCUUCAAUGUGCAAUAAAUUAACCAUUUCAGUAAUGGACUGGGAUCGUCUAACAAACAAUGAUUAUAUUGGUGUACAUAAUAUUGAUCUAUCCAGUAUAUCGAGCGAUAAACAAGAUGGUUUUUUACCAACAUUUGGCCCAUGUUGGAUUAAUUUGUAUGGCUCACCACGUGAAUUUUCUGAAAUACCAAGUGUAUUAGAUAUUCUUAAUAGCGGAAAGGGUGAGGGUGUUGCUUAUCGUGGCCGUGUACUUUUUGAAUUGGCAACAGUCUUAAGUGAAACUCCAUUAGAACCAUUAAUUGAUAUACCAAACUCGGAAAUUGUACGAUCAUUGCCAUUUCAGUCACGUAAAAAAUUUAAAUUACAUGUCGUCUUUUAUGACGCAACUAUGUUAUAUGAACAUACAUCGAUGAUAGAAUUUGAAGUUAGCAUGGGCAAUUAUGGUAAAAAAUUAGAGGAUGUCGUUGGUAGUACUAAUAGUUCAAUAACACCACCGACAAAUCCUGUUUUCGACGGAACAUCGUAUUAUUAUCUACCAUGGGGUAAUGCAAAACCAACAGCACAAGUUAUUUCAGAAUGGGAAGAUGUUACAUUUCGAUUAGAAACAAUAAAUCAAUUAUCAAAAACUAGACUAUUAAUUAAUGGAAUUCUUUCGUCAAUAAAAUCUCUUAAACUCAAACAUACAUCAGAAGAUAUUAUUGUACGACAAUAUCGACAAUCAUUGGAAAUGGUUAUAGCUCAGCUAAUAAAACCGUUACCCAAUGCUGAAGCUGGUCGACAUCAUACAAAUCAGUUAGAUCGUCUUCGUCGUCAAAUGCGAGAUAAAAUUAUAGGAGAUUUGAUCGUAAAUUUAGAAAAUAUGAAAUUAAAACCUGACACCACAUCAAAGGAAUUUGAAGAAACUUUUUUGGAUAUUUGUAAUAAUUUACAAAACUUAGAAGUUGAACCACAAAAUAGUAUACCUGAUAUAAUAAUAUGGCUUUUAUGUGGUGGUAAACGCUUUGCUUAUUAUCGUUUGCCAGCACAUGAGGUCCUUUAUUCGCCUCAAAAAGAUCGAAAAGGACGUCUCUGUGGAAAACUCCAAACAAUAACAAUGAAAUGGCCAGGAAAAGAAUCAGAGAUUGAAAAGGAUAAAAAAAAAUUUCUACCAGCUCAAGUACGUGUCAAAGUAUGGUUAGGCACUCAAACAAAUGAACACGAUUGGUUAUCAUCGGAGAAAGGAGGAGAAUUGGUUGUUUAUGCAGAAACAUACGAAAAUCAAGUAAAUAUUAUAGGAAAAUGGACCACCGGUGGACCUCUAAUGAGUAGACCAGCGUGGUCUGAUUUAACGGGAAAUAUUGAUUUACCUCAAAAAAAUUUUCAAUUACCGCCUAAUUGGCGAUGGGAUGGUGACUGGUACAUUAGUCCAGAUAUAAGGUAG